AUGCUUCCGGGAUCCUUUAAAGGACCAUUGGAUGUUUUAGUGUUGGUCUCAAAGCGAAGAGCCGUUUAGAUUCAAUUUUAAUAAGAUUUUUGAACAGUUAUACCUAUUUUUAGCUUUCCAUCAGCUCAAAAAUGGAAUACAUUUGCCCAUAAUCAGAAAUUCGGCCCAAAAAGUCCGCAUUUUUGCCUCAAAUUCCCACGUUUUUAUUUGCGUAUACUGUUUACCUUUUUGCUUUACGUUCAUCAUCUCCCCACGUACCAAAGUCGGAUUUUCUCCUCUCUUUGUGGAGUUUUUUGAGGCUUCUUCCGAUAUUUUAUUGGAGUUUCUAGCGGAAUUCUGUUGGAAAAUAAGAGAAUAAGUUAAUUUUUCAGUGAUUGAAUGCUCGAAUUCUUAGAUUUCCCGGUAUAUUUAGAGGUUUUUUUAGAUGGGUUUUCGGUUAGAUAAUUGGUUAUAUGAAGUUUUUUUCAUUUUUUUGAUUCAGAUUUUUGAAAAAAAGUUUUUUUGUAUCACUUUAUCUUCGAAUUCAGAAACUAUCUCAUUAAAUAUACAUUUGAUAGGAUCUAAAUAGAUUUUUUUAAACUUUUUUUCAUCAUUUUUUUGCAUUCUUUCUGGUGAGUUUCAGAUUUUUCACGUGGAUUUUUUUAACGAUCGCUUUUUUAAAAAAACAUUUUUGAUUGAGAUAUAAAGGAGCUUCUGUUGAUUUCAUAGAUAAUUCCAUUUUUUUCUCAUAGUCAAUACUCAUAUAACAUAUUUUGAAGCGAUUUUUGUCCAUUUUUGUGUUUUUCUGGUUGAUUUCCUUUUCUUUAAAGUUCCAAGUCUUGAUUCAAGUUUUCUAGAAGCGUUCGUUUCCCUUUUUUUCUGAUUUAAUAAAUUAUUUCAUCCGUAUUAUAGACUUUCAAGCCAGUUUUUUUUUCUGUUUUCGCGUCUUUUCCCGUUUUUUCCAACGUUAAUGUUCACUUGAAUCAACUAUAUUUUUUUCAGGUGAUUUAUCUAAUAAUUGAUUGAUUCAACGAAAUCAAGUCACGACGAUAUUAAUAUUUAUACUUCUACGAUAUUAAAAAAAUGGCGUCCGAAGAGCAGAAGCUCGACUUUGAAAAAGCCGCCAAAAUCUAUUAUUGGUUGGCUUUUUCGAUUUUUCAGUAGAAUUUACAGAAAAAAAUGUGGCUGAUUUUUUUAUUAAUUUUUUUCGGUGAAAUUGAACGGUUUCAGAUUUUUCCAACUCGUGAGGUAUAUUUUUUUAAGAAGAAAGGCGCGAUUUGAAGAGAUUUUUAUAGAUUUGAGGUUUUUGGAAUGACUUUUUAAAAAAAUAGUUGAACUUGAUUUGAGUUAAAAUUUAUUAUUUUUUUCAAAAAAAAUAUUUUUUUCUCGUUUUUAUCGCACUCAUUUUUUUAAUGGACAUUAUAAAGUGUAGGAAAAAAAUGUAGAUUCCAAGAAAUAAUUACGAAACUGGAUUAUAAUAUGAAACAAAUCAUGAGAAGAGAAAUUUUUUUCUUUUUAUCGAGCGAAAAAAAUGAUGCGAAAUUCUUUCUUCCCGUCUUUUUGUUACCUUAUUCGGAAAUCGGUUAUUAAUAUUUGAAAUUAAAUAUUCUUCAUGAGAAAAAAAUAAGUUCAUUUCUGUUCGAACUUUUUGAUUUUUUUACGGUUCCUUAAUUUUUCUCUCAAAAGUUUACAGUUAUUUUUCUAUUCUAGUUGUGAAAAAUCCGGUAGCGAAAUCAUAAUUUUUGAGAGUUGAAGCUAUUUGGAUACCAAAAUGAAGUCAAAAUUCGCUUUAAAUGAAAUUUUUCUGAACCAUUUCUUAACGAAAUUUGUUUAUGGAACUAUUUUUUUAUUAUUUCAAGUUCAAAAAAAGUGUUUUUCUAUUUAUCAUUUAUCAUCUUUUAAUCAUAAAUUUAUGUUUUCAGGAUCUUUCUUCCGACGGAUGCGCAGUCGCAGUAGAAGCCAGGAGCGGAAAGUUCAUGCAAAGUAUUUAUUUUUCUUUUUUUGUUGUUUUGGAAAGUGUCCCGCUUAGGAACUCUAAAGGGGUCUCUAUAGGGGCGAGUUAAGGGACCACUUUAGCAACCCCUAUAGGGACGUUCUUAUGUACUCUGAGUAAAAAGCAUUUCCAUGGGGAAAAUUAAAUAAACAAGCGCUUUUUUAAAUGAACUUGAAAGAUCCCUAUAGGGACCACUUGAGCUUUAGAAGAUGAGGGGCCAGACCCGAAACCCCUGUAGGGACCACUUUGUUGUCACCUCUAUAGGUACCACUUUUUGGCCCCUAUAGAGACUGCUUUCCUCCCUUAUCCCUAUAGGGGCCACUCUGAAGCUCCUAAGCGAUAUAACAUAUAUUGGACAGUAAAAACUUUUUUCAUUUUCUAAUGAUUUUUUGACUUUUAGCGGAGUCACCCCUGAAGUGACCCCUUCAAGGAGUCACGACGCCUUGACCACGAAACAAAGAUCCAAAUCGACGUCAUUCCCCACGAAGGAGGAUUCGAAUGACGUCAAUCGGAACUCGAAAAAGUGGGGCGCCAAGCAGCUCCUCAACAGAAUGUCGUUCAGAAGUCGCGAAAGGGUUCGUUUCAGAUUUGGGAACAUAAAUUGAAUGCUUUUCCUUAUUUCAAGUUGAAAAGGAUUUUAUAAUGUUAGCUUGGAUCUUUUAAAUCUUCAUCUUACAAGUUGAAGAACUAAAGAAACUCAUGAAAAUCUCGAAAAUGAGCUUCUGAAGCCUUCACAGCCACAAGCUUUCAAACAACUUCGAUUUCUCAUUUUCCGGAUUUUUAUGAGUUUCUCUAGUUCUUUAAUUUGUUUUAUUCUGCACUCCUCAAUAUUUCAUCUGUUCGUAUUUUUAAGCUUCAAUAAGAUCUGUUCAGUAAAAAUUAAAUAAGAAUAUUUUCAUGUGGAGCUUUUUGUAAGCAUUUGAAAUAUAGGUCAUUCCGCGCCAGCUUGUCACGAUUUCCAGUUUAUUUGGAGCUACAGUAGCCUUUUCGGCGCUUCGCUUCGAUGCACUCGGUGUGCCCCCUUGCGUGCGCCUUUAAUAAAAUUCAUUAUUCCCGAAAUUUGGAAUUUCCUUAUUCUACAAAAACAGUUGUAACAUCAAAUUUUAUAUCAAACUAACCCAAAAAUUAUAUGCAAAAAAAAGCUCGAACAGUCGGUUUCAUUAAUAACAAUUGAAAAGUAGUAAUUCAAUCUUUUUGAUUUUCUUUUUUCUUACAAAUCCAGCACAGAAUCUGAGUGUGUAUAGUUAAAGCGAAAAAAAGGAAAUAAAUCCAUUGAAAAACAACCUCGUAAAUUAAUAAAAAGAGAUAGAGAAAAUUGAAGCAAUAUCUUAAUCAGAAAUAAUUUAUUAAAGGUUUUAUUAAAGGCGCACGCAGGGGGAACACCGAGAGCAUCGAAUCGAAGCUCCGAAAGGGGUUUUGUAGCUCCGAGGAAAACUAAAAUCGUGAAAAGCUGGCGCGGAAUGACCUAUAUCGGCUAUGAAAAUAUCACAAAAAGCUUCACCUUUUGAGAGAGGAUACCAAUUUUCAAACAUUUAACAAUUCGAAUCGUUUUAAAACAGUAGAGGCAAACAAUUACAUGACAACUUACGACCUUCUGAAAUUUAUCAUUUUUGAUGCGAUUCAAAUCGUCUCUGACUCUCCAGCAUUUAAUUAUCUUUUUCACGACCUGAAGGUUAUUUGAAAAUCGCUGACUAACUUUGAACACGGCAUUGCAUCUCAAAAUUGCUUUGUGGAAUUACUUCAAUGUUUCAGAUCCGAUCAGAAAAGGAUUCUUCGCCGCCGACGACGCCGGUUCAGCGACACGUCGGUUUCGCUUCUGAAACGGACCUUUUCCGGCCUGGCGCCGAGGUCAGCUUCCCGUCCCCCAUGAUGGAUUCCCCGAGAGGCGUCAGCGCCGUCUCGGACCUCGACCUCAGAUUCGUCACGAUGCGACGCGAUUUUGUGAGUUUCCAGGCCUCGAGAAUCGGUUUUACGGGGUUUCUGAAGGCAAAGUGUCUUUCAUAUAUAUAUAUAUAUAUAUAUAAAAAAAACGGUUCUUUUUGAUUUUUGCUUGUCAAAAUUUUUGGAGAGAAAUGUGAAUUCCGAGAAAUAAGAAGUUUAUAAAAGGUUUCGAGGCCUUCCAAAAAAGAAAAACUGGUUUAAAAAAAGUUUUUUUGAGGAUUUUUAAAAGAAAAGUGGUUUUUUAUGUCUCUAAAUAUCACGGAAAACGGCUUUUUUUCUCCCAGAUUUCCUAAAUUUUUUUGGAUCCUUAAAAAUUUUUCCCGAUUUGUAAGAAAAAGUCUUUUAUGUCCCUAAAUAACAGUCAUUUUUUUGAUUUUUCACUCUGGAAUCUAGCGAAUUUCAAAUUUUGUGUAACGAUACGCAUAAAAAAAGUCCUGAAGACUUAAAAAAAUUACUUUUUUUAAAAAAAAAGGGGGUGUUGCAAAAUAACAUCGAUAUUCUGUGUCGAGCUCAGGCCACAAAAAAUCGAGUAACAACAAAAAUUGAUCUGCGUGGCUCACCUAUCUUCCCCCAUUCUAAUCCGAUUUUUAAGUUUCAUUUCGUGAAAUUAUUUUUAUAGAGCUCACGUUCAAUAGGAUCUCAGAAAAUCCCAACUUUCAUUGAUUUUAGUGGAAAAAAGGGCCACGAUCAACUAUCUCAUAAACUUUUUCGGAAAAGUAAAUCACGUGGUCUCUAUCGCUUUCCUUUUUCGGAAUUUCUAUAAACAGAAAUCAAGAUAAGUUGAUUCAAUAAAUUACCCGAUUGGAAGCAUUUUUUUAAAAAGAUUCAGAAAACAAACCGAACAAACAGAAAAAUUUUUUUGUAAAAUCUGAAAAAUCAAACCAACAAAAAAAGAUGAACAAAAUUGUUGUUUUGAGACCUUUCUCCCGACUUGUUGCCUGCCUCACUAGGUCCUAUGCAUGAAAAUUGGCAUUUUUUUAUGGAACAGUGAAUUCAUUUUUUAUUAUUUUCCGUCCGCAAGUUUUACGUUAGUCAAGUUUGGAAAAUUUCGACUUUUCAAACCCUCGUAUUUUCUCGAUUCUUAGCACUUCAAGUGGCCUCAAAUAUGUCCAGCUGCGGCAAUUUUCACAUUAACGACACUCAAACACCCAUUCUUGGUCAUUUUCCGUAGUAUUCCGACUUUUUUUCUGAGCUUUACUUGAAGGAAGUAGAGGUUAUCGAACAUUUUUCGCUCGUUAGAGGUCUUUUUGGUCUUUUUAUCGCUGAAAUAUGGCUUAAAAUAAAUUUUUAACGAUUUUUAAAACUCAGCUUUAUUGAAUGUUUGAGCGUAAAUUAUUGAAAGACACUGUAAAAAAAUCUUCGAACUACAAGGGUUUCGUGAACACUAGGAAAAACUUUAAAAAACUUUUUACAAUCAUGUGUUAAAUUUCAUCAGAAAGGAUCAACUUCAACUGCAAUAAUUAUUUUUAUAUGUUCCCUGUGAAACGGUUGUGUUUCCUAAUUUCUUAAAAGUUUUUGAUGAUUUUUAAUGGUUUUUGACUCGUUAUACAUCUCAACCAUGAAGUCUAGCCACUUUAGACUUUAUUCCUGAUUUUUCAAAAAAGUUUUAAAUGUUCUUUUUUUUCGAUCAUUAUCAUUGAAAAAUGAUUUUUGUCAGGUGUUUUUUUUCUGAAAAUUGGCUAGAACACUCCUUGAUGUACCAGAAAAAGAUUCUGAAAGCCUUAAUCUGCCCAACUUUCUCCUUUUCUUCCUCCUUUUCUCCCAACUUUCUCCUUUUUAUGAAAAGACGCUGCAAUUUCAAAGAAAACGCUCAAAAUCCAUUAAAAUUAGCUCUUUUGGGGCUCUAGACCCUUAUUUCUUGAAAACUAGGAAUUUGUGCAAGUUGAGACUUUUAAAAUCGUCUUCUGGUACAUAAAGGAUUGUUCUGGCCAAUUUCACGAAUUCCCCAAGCGCAAAGUGAAAUGAUUUUCCUAGUAAGAGAGAUCAAUAUGAACUCAAAUAAUCAUAAUCUUUAUAGUUUAUAUGAAGCGUUCCUUUGAACGUCGUUUCUGUUGCAGAACGCCGACCUGGGAGACUCGACGGCUCGGGCGUUCAUGUCGGAGAACGACCUGACGUCUUCCGCCGCCGACUUCGACAUGCCGGCCAGGACUCCCAGCUAUCUUCGCAUCUCCAAGGCGCUCAAUGGAUACACCAAGUCGGUAUUGAUUAGGUGGAAGAUGAGGGGGAUUAUGAAGUGAUAGACAUGCUCCGAAAAGUUAUUUCGAAAUGACUUUAAAAUAUCUUUUUUCUCGAAGUCCAAUCAUCAGUCUUCCCCCGCCAAAAAUGUCAUUUGAAGACGAAAAGUACAGAAAAUUUCCUUCGAAAUCCAAAAAACUGGGCUUUUUUUCGUACUUACCAGAAUUUUCUCAGCUUACAGUGAGGUUUCUGAAUGAGACUAGGCUCACUAGAUGUAAUUUUUCACGCUGAUUCCAAAUCUAUGCUCAAAAGUUGCCUUUGAGGUCUGUGGAAAAAGUUAGGGGGUCUCAAAGACGAAAAAUUCGAUGUUUCCGAUUGAGCUCCUUUUGGUGUGUAUGUCCUUUUUUUGGAAUUUGAGUACCGCCCAGUUCUAGUAGGAGAUAGGUAUCGAUGAGUUGUAAAAUGAAAAAAAUAAUGGAACAGAAAAAGCAUAGAACUCAAUACGUCCAGGAGAAGGUACGCUUACAAAAAAAUUCCGAAAAUUUAAAAAAAUUUUUAUAAAAUUAAAAAAAUCAGUUGGUUUCAACCCGAGAGAGUAUAAAAAUAGAUACUAGCCUCAGGAUUUAUUCCAGGAAAACUUGGGAAGUGGCUUCAAAGAUGGGCGGUUUAUGAGGAGAAGUUAUAAAAUAACAGAAAAUAAGAAAUGUAUCUCUUUCUCUCUCGAAAGUUGAAAAAGAGUAAAAAAAAAGCGAUCGUUUCCGUUUGGAUAUAACUUUGUGACCAUUCGACGUCGGAUCCCUUUGUUCUCCAUUCAACGAGAAACACUUUGAUGGCGUCAAAAGAUAAUGGGCCGCGUAGUUUUUUUUUUUGUUCGAAGAAAAUGCCGCCAAAACUUCAUUUCGUACAAGUUACGUCGACUCAAACCGAUUGCGAUGUCAUUUUUUGAACCAACGUGGGUUUCCGCACACUUUUUCUAGCUUAUAUCCAUUUUUGGUGAUCGAUUUUUGGAGGAGAAUGAUUAUUUGAUUAAUAUUGUCAAAUUGGAGAUUAGGAUUCUCACUUUUUCGCGAUUCUUGUUUUUUUUUUGGUUGUGAAUUUUAAUCUCGGGCUGCAUAUUUUCCUUCGGAAUGUCUCCUGUUUCAUUUUUUCUAUUCAAUAUAGUUCAUACUUUUUUCCAUAAUCCGCUGUUCGAGAGGCAUGCUGGAAAAGUCGGUCGGUCGGUCAAUUUGGAAAACUAGGCCACGCCGUAAUUUUGCUCCAUGGAAAACCGAAUUUCACACUUUUUUCUCUUUUUCUAUAUUUUUCCUUCCUUUUUAUCAGUUUUCUAGGAUAUAGGUUCUAAGAGUUCCGUCGAGCAUAUUGCGGCGUGACCUAGUUUUCGAAACGGACCGACCGACCGAACCGAACCGACCGACUUUUCCAGCAUGCCUGUUCGAGUCGAAUUUUUUUUUUUCCAAAGCCUUUGAGAAGUUUCUCAUUUGUCCAUCAUGCUGUAAUUCUAUUAAACUGAAUUUUUUUAUUUUGGUAAUGAUUCUCGAGUUUGAGAGAAGAGGUUUUUCGAGAAAAAAAUUUUUGCUCUAAUGUGUUUUUUUGAUUAGUUGAAUUAUUAUUUUGAAAAAUACUUUUUUUCAGAUUUUAAGAUUCGAUUAAUUGCCUCUAGAAAAAAAUGCUAACAGUUUGGCGCAGCGCGCGAGCUGGGAAUUUAAGUUCAGAGGUCGCGAGUUCGACGCCCGCGAGCGCUGUUUUUAUUUGUCUUCAAAAUCUCGAAUUUCACCGGGUUCUAGCAGAUUAUAAUUAUUUUAUUGCCGCCUUCUUAUUUUUUACCAUAUAUCAAGCUACUAUCGAUAUUCAAGAAAAAUCAAGAAAAAAAUGUCUAGAAAGGAGACUGCCACGAUUUCAGUGUGGCUUCAUUUUUUUCCUCGUUUAUUUUUUUCAUCCUCAAUCUAUUUUUGAAAAAAAUGUUUUUGAAUAAAAAAAUCGAAGCAUCUAUCAGGGCAUGAAUAUUUUUGAAGCUCUACAAGUUUUCAAAAACGCUCCCUACAAAAAGAUUUAAAAAAACAACCUUACACUAUAAGUAUUCAAACUCUUCCAGAUCUCCCGUCAGGAAGCCGGAAACCGAGGCGAAGCAGAUGAUGGGCGAAAGUAUAGUCGAGCGAAGGUUGAGGAUGUUCGAUCAUCCGCACGAGAAAACUGGCGUCGUCGAUGAUUUCGCCUCGCCUGUCACCACCUCCAAGUCGCACUCCAACACGGAUUUUAGGUACUUUUUUGGUUUUUCACACGCGAAGAAAAUGAAGAGAGGACAAAAAAAAAAUCGAUGAAAAGGGCAAAAAAUAAAAAGUUACAGGGAAAAUUUUGUACAUAUUUCACUAACACUUUUUUGAAUUGAAAUUCAAGCUUAUCAAUGUUUCUCUUUUGACUAAAUUUUGUAAGCGGUUUCAGGUUUUUUUGUGUAAAGUUUUUCUGUGAUUUUUUUGAUUUCGAACAAAAUCCUGUAAUAUCCCUAGAGCGACCAUUCCUCUGCUCGUCCGACUAUUUCUUUGACCCGGUUUUGUAGUAAUGAGCGGCUUCUCGUAUUAAUCACGGCGGCGGCUGUUUUGACACUCGAGACGAUUUAUCUGUUGACCUGCCGACAGGAGAGUUUAGGAUCGCUUUAGUGAGCACUUGCGACGAAUAUUGAAGAUGACUCGACAGUAUGGUUUUUCGUAGGAUCCCUUUAGUGAGCACUUAGAGGAAAAUGGAGAGAAAAAUAUUGCAGAGGACUUUUUGUUGUAGGAUCACUCUAGUGAGCAUUUGAAGGAUUAGAAGGUAGAGACGAAUAUUAAAGAGUCGACAGGAGGCUUUGUUGUAGAACCCCUUUAGUGGUCACUUAGAGGAGGAUAGCGAAAAUAUUGAAGAAGACUUUCCGACAGGGGAGCUGUUGUAGGAUCAUUUUAGUGGAUACUUGAAGGAUUAAGAGAUGAUUAUUGAAAAGGGCUAGCCGACCGGGGCGUUCCUCAGCUUCUAUGAAUCCUGCCAUAACCACUCAAGUGACCUCUUCCUCUAAAAAGGAAUGAAAAAAGAUUUUCCCUAUUCUUUCUAGAGUUCCAUUCGAAAUUGCUCUCCAAUCAAAGGCUCAACUUGAAGCUUUUCUGUCACUUUUUGUACUUCCGGACAUUUUUCUUCCGUUCAUACCCGAAAAAGGUCGUUUUUUCAAGAUACUGACGUCAUUCUGAAGAUGUUCAAUUAUGUUGUAACUCGAUAUGUUUGACGGGAAAAUUCGAGCUCCUCGUUUUCGGGUGCACCCUGUCCUUUUUGGUGGACUUUUAUGGGACUUUUUCGGUCGGAAUGGUUGUUUUUUAAGGAUUUUAAUUCAAGUUCAACAGUUUAUUUUUUUUUUCUGCAAUGAACAAAUUUGGAGCGUUAUUAGAGAUAUGUGCCAAGUUCAUCAUUUUCUAACUUUUUUUUCCUUUUUUUUAGAAAAAAAUGUUCAAUUUUACAUGGUUUUAUGGUAGUAGAGUUCAAGAAACAACAUAUUCUCGAAUUCCCGAUUCCUUUUCACUUCCAAUUAUCCAAAUUCGCAACAAUGUCCGAAAUUAGCUGACAUGAGUCAGAAAUUCUGAGCGACAUCUGGUGGGCCGUUUUCUUCAUGAUUCACUGACCCUCAAACACUCAAAAUUAUGUUCAUUCUGAGUUUUAGACGUUGAGAAGAAAGAGAUUUUCAAAGGCUUGUUUGCUCCAUUGAUAAAUUUCUACAGUUUUUCCCAAAAAUUCCCUCUUUCGAUUUAAUUGUACCCACAGAUGUCCCUGAUGAUCAGAAGUUUCGAAAUUUGAUUUUUCUAAAAUUCCAAAUGGUCAGGUUUAUCUAUAGUUUUUUCAUUUUUCCUGCUGUUUUCAUGCUUUUUUAGUCCUUUUGAUGAGAGAAAAGAGAGCGCAGACAAGUCAGAUUCUUCAAGCCGUGAAGGAUGAUAAGUUUUGCAAGAUUAAAAAAAUUUCCAAGAUUAAAAAAAUCAGAUUAUCAAAAAAAGCUAUACGACUCCUUCCAAGCUUCGAAAAACACGAUUAGGAUCGCUAUAAAUGGCCCCCUAUUCAUCCAAUAACACAAGGUACAAAAUCCUUCUUUUCAUCCUGUGAAAAUAGGAAUAUUCUCUCAAUACCCACAAAGAAAGUAGCCAUUGGCCGAAAAACGGAACCUCCCCGGGCAGGUGCCAAAUCGCCGCUCAUUUUCUAUUUUCUGGGACCUGGAGCAACUAUAGCCUUCAACAAAAAAGCUAGAGUAUUUGUCACUUUUGAGCUUGAACCUUUCUGGCGAAUCUUCAUGUUUUUUAGGUUCCAUCUAUCUUGGUAUUUAUUAAAAUAACGAUUUUUAGCUUGUUUUCUUGAAGGUCAGCGAUUCUUAUCAGGUUUUUCAUUCUUUAAAACUUUUCCCUAGAGUUUUUUGUUUCAGAAAAUGUUCUUGAUCCGAUUGAAUUGAAAAUAUUUCGAUAUAAAUGGCCAUUUUUCGAUGUUCUGAGCUCUCAAUUAUGCCCAAAAGAAUCUUAAUUGACUUUGCAAGGGAGUAGGAAAUUGGCUUCCCUUUUGCCGCCACACACCCAAUUUGUGCACAAUUUCGCGAUUCUUCACGCCAUUUCGUGGUGUUUCGAAUUGCGAAUUUGGCAUUGAAAUGCAUUGGUUUGGAAAUUGGAAAUUGGUUCCUUGAACCCGUUUUGAGAAAUGGAGGUUUCAGUGUAUUGUUUCAGCUUCAAAAUGCGAUCUUUUAGGGAAAUGUUCAACUUUUUGGCCGGUUUUUAACAACUCAAGUUUGUGCCCCAUGUUCCGUAGCAACAUAGAAGUCCAAUGGAAAAUUUUGAGAUUCCUUUUUGUUUCCACUGAGAAGGUUUCAAAGAGUUCUGAUCUUUUUUUAACUCUCAAAAUGAUUUUUUUCAAUUUUUUUCAGGAUUUUUGAGACGCGGAAAGCGAUGUUAUAAGUGAGAAGUUUAUUUUGUUUUUUUAAAGUUUUUCUUCUACUAAGUCUAGAUUUAUAAUUUCAAAAAAACAUUUUUUUCAGCUUUAUAAGAAUAAAAAGUAGAUUUUUCACUCACUACAACCUCUUUUUUGCGGAAUAAGAUUGAAAUUCUGAAAAAAUGCGUCAUUUUCUAACGUUUCAAAUCAUGUUUGUGUGCAUUUUUUCUAUUUUUCUUCCCGUUUUGUUUUGUUCCUUUUUUUUGCGUUUCAAAAGCCGUUUUUGGGAAGAACAAUGGGUAAAAUGUUCGUCGUUUGAGAGGGCCGUUUUCUAGAAACUUCUCCACUUUUUUUGAGAAAAAAUUGUUUUAUCAGGAUUAUUUGUACUUUUUUGCUGGGUUUUUCGAGUUACUUAUCGAAAUUCGCUUUAAAAUCGACAAUGGGUCAAUGAAUUUACUUUUGAUUUUUGGAAAAAAAAAGGGAAAAAUGCAUCAUUUUUUAACUUUUCAAGCCAUUGAUCCACAAUUUUCUCUUUCUUAUCACUUUCGGAUGAUUUAAUUGAUGAGGAACAUUCGGAAACGUCACAACAGUUGUUGAUGGUGUCAAAUUCCAACGGAAAAGGAGAUUUCCCGUGGAAAUGAGAUAUCUCCCGAAAUUGAUAUGAUAUCCAGAAAUCGGACUCAUUUUGAUAUUUAGCCUGGGAUUUGUUUUGAAGUUUGAAAACUUUUUUUUGAGAAAAAUUCGAAUCAAAGGUUAUUGGCUGUAUUUUUUUGGGUAAAAAAAUUGUGCUUUUUUUGUAAUUUUUUUGAACUUUUUUUAUAAACCUUUGAAAUACCAAGUUGACUUUUUUUCAUUCCUUUUUCAUUCAAUACUCAGAUAAAUGUCACGAAAAUUAAAAAAAUUAAGCCUCGAAACAGUGAAAUCAGCUCCAAUUGGCUCUAUUCUUUCAAAAAGAAUCUUUUUCCCGGGUCUAAUUUUUCUCAGUUUCUUUUUUUCAACUCUAUUGGAAUUCUGUUAUUUUUUUCAAACUUGUUUAACAUAUUUUUUUGAAAGGUUUUUUUGGGUUUUCAACUAAAAUUUAUUGUAUAAAUCUUAUUUUUUUGUUGAAAUAAAAAAAUUUUUUUUUGAUUUUGUGAAUGAUUUUGAAUCAAUAACGUCCUUGAAAUUGCAAAAGAAUUUUAAAGUUAUAGUUUUGAAACGUAUAAUGCGUUAUAAGUUCAGUUUUUGAUUCAUUUCUCGUGACUUUUUCUUAUCGUACUUCUCGUAAAUUAAAUUAAAACACGCAUUUUUUUUUGAAAUUAUUUUCAAAUUUCAUGGAUUUUCAUCAGAAAUAUUUGUAUGGUUUCUAUUUUUCUUUAAAUGAUUAUAUUUCAUUUUAUUUAUUGUAUAUUCGUUUUUAUAAGCCGCUUUUUUGAAAAUGUCGUGAGACGAAUCCAAGAAGUUUAAAUUUUGGUCUUGAAACAGUAAAAUAAGUUCUCGAAUCGAAAAAAAAACUGGGUUUUUAUGACUUUUUAGGGCCUUUUUUUCUCUUGUUUCCAAACUUUUCAAGUAGUAUGGAAUCCAAACUUUUUAUUAAAUUUGAAUGAAAUCAAAGUCAAACCCUUCAAAAUCAACUUGUACUUGUCUUCCGACAAUUUUUUUGUUCACUUAUAUAACAAUUUGGCUCGAUUUAGUAUCUUUUCUAUACGAAUAACGAAUAGAAAAGCUCAAAAGCCGGUUCACUCUAUUCACACGGAAUCUUGGAGGCAAUUUGUAUGGCUUCUAAAUGUCCGGAAGGAUUAUAUCUGCACCUUUUUCGUUUUCUUGUCCAUUUAUGAGCGUUUUUUCUCGGAAUUUCUGAAGUUUUUCGAAGAUUUUAAAAGUUUUUCGUGUAUUUUAACUUUUUAAUGUACUUUUUUAAAACUAUUAAAAGGGAAAACACGUUUUUACCUUGAUUUUUUAACCUAGAAAACAUGGAAAAUUUAUUUUAAAAUGCUUUUUUGGAGAGUUUUUAGCAGAAAACAGCCGAUUUUCAAUGUUUUCUAUCGAUAUUUGUGAAGGAAGUGCUGAAAAAUGUGAUGAAAAGUCAAUUUUUUAUUCAAAAAAAGUUUUUCCAAUGAUUGGGGUACCAUAAAAAGACAAAUAUUCUGUCGAAAUGGCCCCCACCUUUUUUUGAAUAAUUUUUUUACAACUGUCUUCAUUAUUUCAUGAUUUUUUUAGAUGAAUAUUAACUGGACUCAAAAAAAUAUGCUUCUAAUUCGGAUAAUUUUUUUAUGACAUAGAAAAAAAUGAUUUCAAUAACUUGAAAGCUCGAAUCUGAAGCUGAAAAAUUCAAUCACCUUUUUUUAAUCUUAAGAAUUAUCCAAGAACUUAAUGAAUUUUUUUCGAUAAAGAAAUAGACUUGUAAAGCAAAGGGUCAAGUAUCCUUGGCACAGGGAAAUUAGCAGGAACGGCUGUGGGACGGCAGCUGUUUCUGAGGUCAUCCUCCCCUUCGGCCCGGACAUCGACACCCUCUUCAGAUGACCUCCCUGUUUCUCCUCUUUUAUUUUUAGAUCACCAUUGGGUUUGAAGUUAAUCUUGUUUUGUUCUCUGUCUUAAAAAGGUACAAUUGAACCCAUGAAUUUUGGUAUGUACUUUGAGGCGUAUGAAAACCGAAAAAUAUAGAAUUAAUGGUUUUUUUUCAAGUUCUCUUUCAUUUUCUUAAUUUUUGGGACUCCGAAUCCUAGAUGAAAAGUUCAAAACUAGCUUUGAAACGCUCGAAAAUUGGAAAAAAGGACCUGAUGGCUUCCCUGUUUCUUCCAUUUUAUUUUUGGAUCGCCAUUCGGUUUGAACUUGAUCUCGUUUCGUUUUCGCGGUUUUAAAAAGGUACAAUUGAACCCAUGGAAUUUGGUACGUACUCUUAGGCGUGGGAAAACCGAAAAAUAUAAAAUUAAUGGUUUUUUUCAAAUUCUCUUUCAUUUUCUUAAUUUUUGGGACUCCGAAUCCUAGAUGAGAAGUUCAAAACUAGCUUUAAAACGCUUGAAAGUUAAAAAAAAAGACCAGACGGCUUCCCUGUUUCUCCCAUUUUAUUUAUUUAUUGAUAUUAGGUUUCGCAUUGUUUCUUGAAGUCUCUCUACUGAAAUCGUGCAACUCUACAAAAUUUUUGCAAAAGGCAGUGCCUAUGCUGGCAUUCUGCAAAAAAAGUUGCAUGCAUUGUGCAGGUCAGAGCUUUGCAUUUUGCCCAGAAGAACCUCGCAUUUUGCAUUUCUUUUUGGUCUCACUUUUGUACAGACGAAAAAAAAGUGCAAAAUGCGAGGUACUUCUGUGCAAAAUGCAAAGCACUGAUUUGCCAAGUGCAUGAAGCUUUUUUUGCAGAAUGCCGGCAUAGGCACUGCUUUUUGCAAAAAUUUUGUAGAGCUGCACUCUGUUACAAAUUUCGAGGUUUAUGAAAGGUAGAAAAUAAAAAAUAAUUGUUAAAAUCUGACUUCCUCGUGUUAGAAAUAAGAAAAAAAGACUCUUUUUUUCAUGAAAUAAUAAAGUCUAAGCCCGCUUCUGAAGCGCUUGAAAAUUAAAAGAAUAACUCCAGAUUUUUCCCUCUUUUUUCCUCUUUUAUUUUUCAGACCAUCAUUGGUUUUUGAGGCUAACUUUUUUUCACAGUUUUUUUGAAAGUGUCAUUGGAUUACUGAACUUUGGUACGAGAUUUGAGACGUAUGAAAAUCAAAAAAAUCAUAAUUUAUUGGUAUUUAAAACUUUUUUUAUUAUAAGUAGAUAGUCCUGUUGGUUUAUGAUAUAUUUAUGAAAAAAAGCGGCAAUUGACUUUUUUUAGUUUUUUUUUUAGUUGAGAAAAAUGGUUCAUUUUCACUUUUGGGGCUUAGAUUUUGGGUAAAUGAGGCCGAAAUUCGCUUCUGAAGGGGUGGAAUUUUCUCCAGAUAUUUUUCGAGCUAAAUUCUGAAUUAAUAAUUUCCGAAAUCUUUUUUUGUUUUGAUUCAUUCACCUCAACCUUUCCUAUUUCGAUUACUACUCUGAAAUCUGAUCACAUUUCGUUACCUUAACGGUCUUGCUGACCUUGUACGUUCUUUUCCCAUCGACAUUGAAGAAAAAAAUGUCGUUUUCCCGACCCCCAGCUGUUCCUUUGUCUGUACUCGAUGAUCGGGUGAUGGAUUUUUUUUUGAUUUAGUUUUUUCGAAAUUUUUUUUUCUAUAGAAGUUCGUGGUUUUUUUUUUUCGACGACUCUAAAAGUUAUUACUUGAACAGUAGGCGGUUUUCAUGUAUUCAAACGCGCUCCAAGACUAAAACAAAGACACGAAAAGGUAUCCAGAAAUUUUUGAAUUUUUCGAGUUCCUUUUUUUUUUGAAGAAAUCAAAUUUUCAAGCUAUACUUUUUAUUCAAAUCAAGAUGUUUUUUCGAGAUUUUCCGUAUUUAUUACGCAAUUUGUAAGCUUCAAAGCAUAGGAAAAAAAUGUCCUUCGUCCUUUUUUAUGUGAAGAAAAAGAUUCAAUAUUCAUCCUGACAAACUAAAACAAAACGCCGUUUCAGAGAACUUUUAAAAAUUUUUCAAGCUAUUCCCUGCUCAAUAAACCGGGUUUGCGGAAAGGAUUUUUUUCUUAAUGAUAUCCAAAAACUGGCCAUUUUUGUGCAUCUUUUUCGCUUCAUUGAUAACACCUUUUUAAGAAGCCAAAAAAGUUUAUUCUCUCUUUCAUUCCAUCUCUUCUCGCCCAUUCACAACUCCAUUACAUUUACCUGUAAUGUGAUGAUUCGGUUUGACUUUGAACCCGUUUCCCCGUCGGGUCGAAUGAGUGUGGCUUUUGUGGAAAAGCUGUGAUGGUCUUUGAAGAAAGGCCCUUUCAAGCGUUAAAAUCGACGCUCCCAGGUCGUAAAUCGUGUUAUAUUCCGUGUCAAAACGUUCCUCUCAUCACUCCUUCUUUUUCUUGUUUCCCAGUUUGUUUUUAUGAAAAGUUGGGUAAUUCAAGCUGAUCAAAAAGAAAUCGAAUGCUCUCCAUAGCUUUUUAGAGGUUGUCUGACCUGUCUGCGCUCUCUUUUCUCUCACCUUCGACGAGGUCAUAGAAAAAGAGGGCGCAGAGAUAUCAGACAAUUUCAAGCUGUUUUUUCUCGAAAAUUUUGAAUUUGAGCUGAACAUAAAUCUGAUUUUCCGUGUGCAUCAUUGUCUGUGAAAACAGCCUGAUUUCUCCAAUUUUUGGUCAUUUUAAGCCUUAGUAAAGAAUAUUUCAAAUUUGAUACGCGAAAAAAAAUCUUUCAAACGAUAACUUACCCCGACACGGAAAAAAAAACCUUUUUGCUAUGGAGCAAACUAUGAAUUUUAGAAACAGCCUUUCGAGAAAAUUGGUUGAUUUGGAGUUCUGGAAAAGCUGUGCUUCGAAAUCCUGGAACAGAAAAUAACCUUUUUGCUGUGGAGCGCACUUUUAACUUUAAAAAAAGCCUUUCAAGGAAAUUGGUUGUUUUUGAGUUCUAACAAAGCUGUGCUUCAAAAUCCUGAAAAAAAUCAUUUCAAAUGAAACAAAAAUGAUUGGAUAUUGACCAGGGAUCAGAGCAUGAACUUUAAAAAAAAGCUCACUUUUAAAGUUUCUGAAAAUUCCUUCGAAAAAUGUAGGCUUUCCUUCUCUUCGACUACUGAAAUUUCUGCCAAACCCUCCAAGGCGCCACGAAGUUUGCAUAUGUAUGAAUGGUUCGGAGACGACUUUGCCGCCGCCUCGUUUUGGUAAAAGUCGGACCGAGGGCCUGUCUCCGGGUUUCGGCGGGCUGUGUUUAGCGCCUCCUCGUCCUCUCAGUUUUCUCGCGCCAGCCGUUGUAUACGAUUUGACGUCCUCCUCCUCCUCCCUUCCUCCUCACUUACAUUUACGAACCGUUUUUGAGAGGGACUUUUGAAAAGGUCUUUUUGAGAUUCACAAAAAUUGGUGUAGAUUUUAGGAGCUUUUUGAGCUCUCCUUCAGUAAUUCUUGGCCUUUGAAGAGUUUCCUGAUUCUUUUCAAGUAGUUUUGGUCUUGAAGGAUUUUUUGAGGUGCAGGAAAAAAUCCUAUAGGUUUGAGUACUGAUUAUGGUUGAUUCAGAGGUUUUACAGUAUCUUAUAGUAGUUUUGAGCUUUUGAAGCGUCCUAACUCGAAAGCGAGAUUUAUUGCGAGAAUUUUUUCUUGUAUUCUGCAAUCAGGACGUCCUAAAAUACGUUUCAGCAAAGUUUCAUCAAAAGUUCAACCGAAGGGUAAAAAACGUUUCCUAGUUAGGGGAAUUUUUUGUGAUACGGGAAAAAAAUAAGGUAGGUUAGACUCUACUUUUCUACUUCUUCUGGUUCAAAAAAGACUUUUCUCAAAAUUAGACGGUUCAAAUAGAAGUUUUCAAAAGUUUCUAACGUUUUCCAUUCCCAAUUUUUCAACUUGUGAAAAACAAACUAUCCUACUAUACCAUUCAACCAACCCUAUCCAAACUCUUCCAAUUGUGGUUUGUUUUUGGCACGUCCUCCUAUUAUUGUACCCCGUCCCAUGGUCAGUCAUCAAUGGAAGAAGGGACAAUAAAUGAAUGACAAACUGGGCGGCGAUAGAAGAAGGAGGUUUUGAAGCGGAAACACGUAAUUUGUUGCCGUUCCGUUGGCCCUUUCGCUCUUGCGUGUGAAUUGUUGAUGAUCGCCUUUGAAACUAGUUGCCGGAUGGGAGGGGAAUCUAAACUGAAUUUUGAGGGUUUUAGCCGUUUAUUUUGGUCAAGGUUUGAUUUUUUGAGCUUUUUCAUGUAGAUCUGGUCCUUUUUAGUCACGAAAACUCCGAAAAAGGAAGGUCUUUGUAGUUGGGAUUUUCCUAAGAAUUGGCCAGAACAUUCCUCAAUGUACUAGAUUAAGUUCUUGAAAGAUUCAACUUACAAAAAAUUUGAAUUUUCGAAAAAGGACACCUUGAAGACAAAAAGAACCUUCGAAAUCUGUUAAGAUAGAGCUUUGAGUCUUUAUUCCUCGAAAAAUAGGAAGUUUUGCAGGUUAAUAUUUUUAAAACCUACUUUUGGUGGAUAAAGAAGUUUUCCGGCCGAUUUUCAGGAGUCUGAGAGUCAAAGGACCUUCCUUGUGAGAAUUUGCUCAAAAACUCUUUGAUGAUUCGAUGUUUCAAUCCUCUUUGAUUUUUUUUUGAGAUAUGUAUUCUCAAAGAUAAGAAACAGGCUUGUGAUAUAUUGCUACUUUGAAAAAUCAGAUCCUCAGAAAACAAUUUUGCGACUUUGAGGGAUUUCUAUCGAACCUUGAUAGAGGGAUAGGCUUCAGAAAUUUUCAAACUUCCCAACUCAAAAAAAAACUCUAUUUUGAAUACCUCUCUUUUUUUACGGAAGUACCCUUUCCCUUUCCAACGGCGUUUAUCCCGUAACAGGUGGCUCCAAUCUUUCCCCGGCUGUUUGUGUUCGGCCUGAACAGACGGACGACGGUUUCCCGCUCCGCCCCCAUUUUUUCGGCCGUCGCUUUCGGUCAUGCGUGAUCGCCUCCCUUCUCGGUAUCAUUCAGCCACUCGACCGUUCCCACCUUUUUCCGUCCCUGUGUCAAUAGGAACGUCGACCGAGUUUUUAGGACUUUCUGAGCAUUUCUUGAACUUUUUUUUCUGGACGUUUUUCGAAAAAAAGAAGUAGUUGAACCUUUUUUCCACUUUUUUUGGCCAGUAUUUCAUAGUUUAGCUCUGUAAGAACUUUUCUGUCCAUAUCGACCGAGUUUUUAGGGUUUAAAAAACAUUUUUCAAAAAUAUUUUUUUACCAAUUUCACCGCCCCUUUCCUGAUGAAAAAAAGAAAGUAAGCGCUUUUCGGAGAAUCAAGUGCGCUCCAUGGCGAAAAAAAGACGAAGAAUUCUUCUUUAGAACAUUUUUUUAUCUUUUUUUCUGACUUCCCAUGUUCAUUUUUUUCGACAUAGGUUUGAAAUUUAUCUCUUGAAUACCCAGAAAAGUUGAAAUUUAUAUAAAAUAGGUUUUUUUACCCUUUCAAUGGACUCUGUAAAAAAUGAGAAAAAAAAUUGGGACUUUAUUAUUUACAGUCAGGCUCUUUUACGUCUUCGAAAAGUAAAAAAACGACGAUUGGCUGUUUUUCAAUAUUUGAAUGUGCUCCAUUGCGAAUUUUUAUAAAAAAAAAUUUUUUUACCCAAUUUUAAGCGAUUUCUACAGUUUUCGGUUAUUCAGAAUUCCAAAAAGUCACUUUUUUUCCAUUCUGAAAACUUCCAUGUUGAAAUUAGAUAUUCUUGAUAUUUUAAGCUUCUAUAAAUGUUCGUGAUCUCGAUUUCGGAUCGAGACCCUCUCGCCGACGUCGUUGGAAGAAGAUUUUUAUCUUCUUUCUCACUCCCUCAGUUUUCUUUUCUUUUCCCUCCAUUCCGUGUUGUAUUGUUCGAUCGUAUUGAAAUGAUUUUGCGAGUUUUCUUUUUACGAGAACUGGGACGAGUAUUUUGACGGUUUUUGUGAGAAAACUUGUUUAUGAGAUGAAGAUUUGAACCAUUUUUCGGUAUAUUUUCGGCCAAUUUCUUGGAUUUCGCUUCAAAUUUCAGGCUUUUUGAAUCAUAUUUGCAAAAUUUUCUGAAAAGCUGAUUUUUCUUCACUUUCACUAUUUUUCUUAAGCGUUUUUUGUUUAUUUAUCUCGACUUUGAUAAAUUUUUUUAAUUUUUUUGUAGCCCCCAUUCCAGAAAUUUAAACGGAAAACAGUUUAAAAAGCUGGAAACUGAAAGUAUCGAUUUUUUUCUUCUAACCCAUUUCUCUCUUUCUUUUUAUUGGUUGUUUCAGUUGCGUUGGAAAAAUUGGGGUUAGAUUGGACUGGUUUUUUUCUUUGGAGUCAUUUCAAGUUGAAUUUCGCAAUGAAUUGGAAUUGAAGAGGUUUUUUCGAUUUUUCUUAUGACUUCAUCUAUUAUUAUGAACUCUGAUAAAAGAAACAAUUUCAUGUAGAAAACUCAAUAAAUUAGCUUUAAAAAAAUCAAUCAAAAGACCUCUUUAGGGACCACUUAAGCUUUAAGAUCAAAGGGGCCCGACCCCAAACCCCUAUAGAGACCACUUAAGCUUUAAGAUCAAAGGGGCCCGACCCCAAACCCCUAUAGAGACCACUUAAGCUUUAAGAUCAAAGGGGUACAACCCUAAAUCCCUAUAGAGACCACUUAUAUUUUACCCCUAUAGGGAUCACUCUGGCUUUGAAGUUGAAGAGGAUCUUUCAUUUCAAACUUUUGUUUUCACGGAGUCCGAAUUAUUUUUUUCGUUGAACUCCUGUUUGAAAUCUUCUUUUUUUCCAGUGGAAACUACGUUUCAAAAAGUUAAUAUCAACCUUCAGCGGUUAUUAGGUCAGUUAGCGAGCCGGUAGAUUUUCGUAUCUGAUUGUGAAUUCCAAUUCUCCCUUCAUAUUUUCUUGGUGCCGGAACAUGUCAAAAGCGUUCAGCGUCGAGAGAUUUCCGUAUUUGAGCAAAUAUCCGCCCCAUUCCUUCGGUUUCUGUAGGCCUCAGUGGCUAUUGCAGCUCGUCUUGCUCUAUUUUUCAAUUUCAAAAACUUUCCCUUAUUUUCCAGUCUUGGGAAACGUCAUAUAAUUUGAUGGGUUUUGUGGGAAUCUUUUCAUAACCAAUCUUUGCUUUUUUCUGCUUGAAAAAUGGGGUUUUUCGAUUUUUUUUUUUUCGGUCACUUAUUCAAACAGUUAUUUCUGAAAUGAAAAAUGCAACAUUCCUUGAAUUUCUGAGAGCGAAAUUUAGUAUUCAUGGCGUUUUCCAUGGCCUUUAUGAAUGGGAUAUUUCGUUCUUGGGAUCUUUUGGAAGGUAGAUUUUCUUGGUUUUGUUGUAACUCUUUUUUUUAAAAGAAAAUUUUCAUAGAAACUUGAAUUUAAGCUUGAUUUUUCAAGCUUAGAAAUGAAAAAAAUGAGAGAGUAUGGAAAAAAAUAGAGGCUUAGAGACGUUUAGAGCUUUCUAUGACUUUCUGUGUCCCUCUAAUUUUUUUAUAUUUCUUUUUCAUUCCGAAAAUUCACAGUAUAAUGAUUCAUGAGCAAUUGAAGAAUGCCUCAAAAUCGCUGAAAAUAGAGACUAUGGGAAAAUAAGAGACACCUGGACAUUUAUAAUUUUCUCUGUGUAUCUCUGCUUGGCUCUACUUUUUGUGUGCUCUUUCAAUUUUUUUUUUUUGAUCGAGAGCCAAGAGAUCGGAGACGCGUUUGACGGGUGAAAAGGUCAUUUUUUCCAGAUGGCUCCAUUUUUUUGCCCAUUUCACUGCUUUUUUCUCCCAUUUCUACUCAAAGCGAAAGUCUUGGCGGCUCUUCUUUUAUCUAUUCCUUUUUUUUUGGUUUCAAGUGGCGCACUCAUCCAUGCUUGGAUGAUCCUCCACGCCCGUCUUUGGCCUUGAACCAACCUUUUUGCGGUUUUUUGGGUUCCGACCAACUUUUUGGCGAUUAUCGAUGGUUAUCUUUGUAUAGGAGGACUGUUGCGAAGGUUAGAUCUGUAAUUGUAGGUUUCCGGACGGUUUUUAUAGUUUUUGUGAGUACGUUUUUGAAGCUACAGGUCUUUUUUCUGUUCAAUUUUCCUAUCUGAGGUUUCUGCAUUUUUUUUUUAUGUUCAAAAAAUUAGUAAAUUACGGCAGAUUUCGACAAAAAACAACAUGAAAAAGAAAUUAGCGGUUGAGUGGUCGCUUAAGCGGCUUUGAUGUCUCUUUAGUGAUCCCUUGCAUAAAAGGGACCAGUUUAGUUUUAUCUUGAGUGUUCAAGUAUUUUUCUAUCAAAUUUUGAACCUGAUUUUCGAAUUUCUGAAGUUUUUGCAAUGUUUUCUAAACGUCUGGGGAUUCAACACAGUUUUUGACGAACUUUCCUUCAUCUUCAACGGUUUUUUCACUCCUUUCUCAAUAUUUUUCUUCAUAACUAUGAGGCUAAUUGACCUCUGAUCAGGACCAACAGGUCAAUGAGAUCUUUAUUUGUAUAGACAGGGAGAUGGUCCAGCUCAUAGGCACAAAAACGCGUGAAACGGAGGCCACUUGAAAGAUCGUGAGAGAUGAUAUUUCUGGGCUCUUGAUCAUCUUUUAUGCCUUUUUUUGAUUUUCAAAAGUUUUCUAUGAUGCUUUUUAAAGCAUUUUGACGGAAUUUUUACUCCGAAAUUCCAUUUUUGCGAGAUUUUCAGUCUUUUUCUGAAUUCUUGAGGUUUCUGGAGACCUUGAUUCAAAAUUUUCUGAUCCUAAUUUAUUUUUAAUUUAUGUUGGUUUUUGAGAGGAAAUAUCCCUUUUUUUCGAGUUCGAGGGGGCUUGGAAGAUUUAAGAAAUUCGUUUAUUGUUUUCAGUUUCAAAACUUUUUGCCUUAAAAUGAUUUUUUUAUACCAAUCUUGAAGAUUAUAGCUUUGAAAGUUCAAAAAUUUUUUUAGUAUUCAACUGUUUUUUUCUUUUUUUCUUGUCAAGUCAUUCAUAUAAGGUUUCGAUCCUCAAACAAAAAAAGUUCAUUUUAAGAAAUUUUUUUAGGGGCUCUGACGCUAAAAAUUUUCAAGUUUUAAAAUUUUGCCGUUUCAGAAAGUUUUCUGUUCAAACUUUGUACACAAAAAUGACUUUGGAGGCUUCAAAUCUACAUUUUUUUUUUAAAUUGAACCUCUCUUUCUCCAUACCCAAGUCAUCCAUUAAGUUGUUCUCUUCUCACACUUUUUCGAAUCUUAACCCCCAGGUUCUCAGGUUUUAUGCACCUUGGCCUUUCACCCAAUGUUUGUGCUCUUUUGUGCUUGACUGACUAGAAGAAAGCUGCCUUUUCGCACUGAGGAAACUCGUUUUCUUGUUCGUUUUGACGCCUUUUCCAACCAUUUCUCGCUGUUUUGAGCCUAAUUUUAGCUGGAAUUAUUUAUUUUUUAAAGAUGGUUUUGUUGGUUUUGAACUAUCUCAUCAUUUUUUUCUGUAGGUAUGGUUGGAAAUAAUUUUUUUCUCUAUGUAAUUUUUUUGAAGGUUUCAAGCGUUUAUUUCAUAAUUUUUAUGAUUUUUUUGGUUGACAAAAAAAUUAUAUUUUUAACUUGAAUGCAAAUUCUUGGUUCAAAAUAACAAAGGCUUUUCAAAAUUGAAGCUUAGGUUUUUUUUUGGAACUUUCUUUAAGAAAUACCGAUUUUCAAGUUUUUUAGGGUCUCAGGUUCCAUUUUUCCUACUAGAUUUUUGAGAAUUUUCCUUUAAGGCCCAUUUUUUUCAAAUUUCGCAGUUUUUCUUCAAAAAUUCUCACUGAAAUCGCUUUUUCACCAGUAUUUUUGGUUUAUUCCCGAACUUUUUUUCAAGUUUCCAAAAUUUUCCUCAAUCCAAUGGUUCCUGAGCCCUUGAUAACGUUCUGAAUACGCAAUUGGAAUCAAAAGGAAAAUGCCGACUUGUGUCCACAAAUGGACAAUUAUUGUGAAUGACCAUUACGAUUGCUCAAACAGACAGAAAUUCGGUAUUUUCCUGUUCUUUUUGAAGUUUAAGGAUAUAUCUUUUCGAUCGUGAGAUGAGUAGGAAUUUUGAAGAGAAAAUUGAAUUUUAUACCAAAUUCUUGGAGAGAAAUAAUCGAGAAAUCAGCAAUUUUUUUGUAUUACCCUUCACUUUUUGACAGAAAUAAAGAAAAAAAAAAUGUUAUUUUCUUGUAAAUUUUCACAACUUUGCAGUUUCAGAAACUUUUCAAAUAGAAGAUUCUAUCACUUUUGAUUUCAGUUUGAAAUUAUGUCGAAAAAAAAUGUGUAGUUAUGAAAAGUUGAAAGCUGAUUGACUUCAAAAAAAGGCUCAUUUUUAAAGUUUUGUCCCUUUUUCUUGAGUUUGUCGCUUUUUUCCGAUGAUUUCUUGCUGAUUUUUCAAGCUUUUUGAACUUUAUAGUCUGUGAUAGUUUUUCAAAGAAAUUUUUUUAUUCAUCGAACAAUUUUUUUCAGCCGCUCGCCGAUCCAGCCGCAGACGCCGAUUUCGUCGCGUCUUCAGCCCUCCCAUAUGGGCAACAAUUUCUCGACGCCCGGCCCUAUUCGGGUAUCUUUUUAGUCCUAAUCAUGUACCUUAAAAUUAAAAAAAGUCGAAAAAACUGGAAGUAUAGGUUUUUGAUGUUCAAAUGUGCCUAAAUAGGCUGAAAGCUUGAAUGUUCUAUUAUUCAGUUUUUAACCUGGAUUAUUACAAAAAUUGUCAAUUUUUCUUCCACUUCAAUUUGUGAAAAAGUUAUACAAAAUAUUAAUCCCUGUUUCAAGUAACGAUAUAAAAUGUUUUACCAACUUAAAAGGACAAUUCAACAGUUUAACAUUUUUUUAUAAACUUGCUUUUUUUCAGCCUGGAUUUUUGUCCUAGGUAAGAAUUCUUUCUAGUUUUUUUGUUCGAAAUUAAAGAGAGAUUUAAACUUUUUGAAGUAAUAGCAUAUUUUGUGAAGAAAAAUUACUGGAAUAUACUAUUUUUGUGAUAGAAAAAAAUGAAAUAAAAAUGAAUCAAAAAAAUCGUUUCUUGGAAAAUAUGAAAUAUUUUGAAAAAAAUGAGAAAUAGGGCACCAAAAAAAUGCAGUAAAUUUCAACGAGUUUGGCCAAAAGUUCACAAAAAAAUGUUUGAAAAGGUUUCUUUCAAUGUUUUUUCCCAUAAAAGUUUCAAGAACUAUCAAAAUAACUUCUUUUUGGCAAUAUUUUAGUUUUUUUAUUAACUUUCUAGUUGAAAAAAGGUCAUGUAAACUACUUUUUUUCAAUUUUUUUUUUUCUGUUUUAAUACAUUUUUUGGGCUCAGGGAUGUUUAACAAGUUUUUGGGCGCUUUUCUUCACUAAUUUUCCAUUCUAUAAGGUCUUUUUAAACAUAUUCACUUAUUUUCACCCAGAAAGUUUUCCUGUGAAAUGAAUGCGCUAUAAAAUUAUCUGGAGACGUUUUGAAAGAAAUUGGCUUUUCUCAGUUCUUUCCUGAAUUCCAUCAAUUAUUUUACCUUUUUCCAGGAUCUGAUCAGCCGAUUCGACAAGCUCGACCUGUGCAAUUUCGAAAAAUCGAAAGAAGAUGAGAAGGACACGGAAAAUAUCCCGCCCCACUCGAUCGUCAUAAAUCAGCAGCCUGUUCGUCGCAUUUUCGAAUUCCUCCGAAAUUAUUAUGAUUUUUCAGGACUUUGAAGAGGAAGCUUGCAAAAAACCAGUGGAAAUCGACGACACAACCGAUACGAAUUCGGAAAAUCCACACGAAACGGACAAUCCGCCACCGUCGAGGAUUUCCAUCGAUGUCGAGGUGAAUAUCCCUUUUUCCCGUUUCAAAAGAGUAUAUUUAAAGAAAAGUGUGAUUUAUAGGUGUAGAAAUGACCGUUUUUUUCUCAAAAUGAAUGUUUUUUGACCUUGCAUUGAGCUAAAGAAAGUGUAAAUGGAACAUUUGGCAGUUGAAACUACGUAUGAGAAGCUGUAAAGUGAUCUUUUUCUUUACAAUUUUUAGAACUGUAAAUCCGAAAUUUAAAAAGCUAAUGGCUUCGAUUUUUCACCAUUUUUGCCGGAUAAAUUUCAGAUUUUUUUCAAAUUUUUUUGAUUAGUAAGUUGGAAAAGGUCAAAAAGAUCCUUUCACUGUUUUCUCAUACAGUUUUAAAAUUAGGUAAAAAUAACCUUAUUGCUGUGUCUAUAUAGAUUUGGAAGACUUGAUUCGAAUGAGUUGGGAUUGAAAUUUGAAAUUCUUUUUUUCUCAAAUUAUUUCUCUGUUUCAAAAAGAAGUAUACAAGUAAAAAUUAAUAGUUUUUAAGGGCUUCUUGAUCUUCAUAACCAUCAUAAAAAGGAUAAUUUUUUUCUCUCGGAAAACAAGAUAAUUUAGUAAUUGAAAUAUAUAAAUGUGUUCUACUUGCUCUUGUUCAAGUAAAAAAAUGGGAUAUUUAAAUCAUUGAGACUUUGAUAACUUUAAAAAAACGCCAUAUUUUUUUCGAAAAUUUAUUUUUUUGCUGGGAAUUUCUGUCCCUUUCUUCUCCAUUUCACACAUAUAAAAGAAUUUUUUCAUAAUUUUCGAAAAAUAAAUAUUAUUUUUUCUUUAGACUUUUUCGCAUUUUCAAAUCGCUAAAUGUUUCCCUUUCCAACCGAUUAAUUUUUCAGAGCGACAGUGGAAUCUCCGGAUCCGGAAACUAUUCUCCAGAAUCGACGAAACGGGACGGAGAACCGGCGACGGCGGCCAACAUCAACGCGACCCUGCAGAACAUUAGCGGCCAGGGUGAGUAAGAGCGGUCGACAACUGUUUGGCCGAGUGGCUAAGCGAGGAGGCGGACGCGCGAACCGUCGCGGGUUCGGCUCCCCUCCUCGAUAGUUUGGGCGGAAAGGAACCAUGCGGCGUCACUGCGCAGUGUGGGCCGACAUCCCCGCCGAAAUGGAAAUGCCGAGAAACAAAGGUCGCGUCUGGUCGAGUCUCAGUACUUGCAGGCGCAUCACCCUUCUCGUUCACAUUUUUGGAGUUUCGAGAGAUUUUUUUUGUCGAAGUUGAUCAAAUUGAAGAAAGAGGUUCACUUUGUUCUUUAGGAAGUUUGUUAGGACCUCUCAAAGGGAAGAAUUUGAAGGAUCCACUAUAAAGGGCCUUAAAAACCCACUUGUCAUUUGAAUUAUAUGAGAUUUAGCGUAUUGGUAAUGUGUUAGGGCCUCUUAAAAGAAAAAAAAAAUUCGAACGAACCCUAUAGGGGGCCCUCGAAAGCUACUUUUUUUCAUUUAAAUUAUAUCAAAAAAAUCACCUAAACCCCUUGAAUAGCCAUUGGGAAAAUUUAUAUACGGAGAAAAAGCGCGGUAUAUUUUUAGGUCCUAUAGAAGGCGUAAAAAGGGUCCUUAUCUCGCUUUUUUUUCUCCCUAUAGGACCCCCUUCAGAUUUUUCUAAAUUCAUGUUUUUGUGCCAGAGAAACUCAUGAAACUUUAUUUCAAACACAUUUUAACGUUUCAAAAAGUUUUAAUCACAAUUAUGGAGGACCAUAUUCGUUCAAAAAAUUUUCAUUUUCCGCACUUUUCACAGAAUAAUCUCAAAAAUAACUGUUUCCAGUGGCACAGUCACCGAAAAGCAUCGACUUGAACCCUCACGACGGAGAAGGAUUCGCCAAACUUCACGAUUUCGUUCGCGACGACCUCAGCGCCAAGAUCGAAGCGGCCAAGGAGGACUUGGAGAAUGUCAAGGUAUCAAAUUGGGCUCUCAAAGCUGUUCAGAAUCUGUCAAGCAUGACUUUUUUGAUAAUUUAUAUUUGAAAAUGAAAGGCGGCCUUACAAAUUGUGUGCGCAGGGGUCGCGACGCGUAUUGGCGCAAAUUCAGAAAUUCACUUUAUUAUCGGGCUUCGCUACUGGAAAAUGAAUAUUUUACCUUGAAUACCUGGCUGGUGGCCUUGUCCGGUUGCUUCUCAGCACCUCGCAGCUGACAAUUGGUAUUUCCCAAUUUGGUCAUUUCGUGUAAAAUCUUCACUCGAAGUGGUCGCUCUCAUUCUGAGGCUUCCACCUAGAGCACGGUCUCCGGGCUCCAGCUCAACAUCCCUUACAUUCUGAGCUCGUCAAGGCGCAACUGGAUGGACUACGCGCAGAAGGACAAGACGAAGGACCGUAAGACCAUGCUUUCAACUCUUUCGACUACACGUUUGGACUUCUAG